CUUCCUUCUCGCUACACCCGCCCUCUCGCUGCGCCUCGGCCGGCUGGCACCACCACGCCUGCACAUCCACCUCGCCACGCACCACGCAUCCAGCGCCACGUCCGCUCCACCGCUCGUGCCUGCCACGCCUGCAGCAGCUGACGGCGCCGCACCUCCUCGCGCCGGCGCGCGUCCUCGCUGCCCAUGAGCGCCUCGGGCUCGCGAGCCGCCGCAGGAGGCAGUGCAAGCCGCGAUGUGCCCUCGACGCCCGGCACGCCGACCAUCGCGCGGCCCUUCAGCCCCGCCGCGUCCGAGGUCGGCAGUCUGGCGUCGGCGAGCCUGUUCGGCGGCGGCGCCAGCGCGCGCUACGGCGCAAACUUCGGCGCCGGCCUCAGCUCCACCAACCUGACGCUUAGCGGGCACUCGACGCCCAGUGCUCAGGGCCUGGCCGGCUUCAAUGCCAUCUCGACGGUGCUCAACGACCCGCGCAAGCCCUCACGGCCCAUCGAUCCGUCCUCGUCGCGCUACCCCGCCAUCUCGACGUCACAUACAGAGCUGCCAAAGGUGCCGCCAGGCGCAUUCGCCGCCUACCUGCAGAGCGUCAAGCCGGCGUACGCGUCGCUGCAGCGCAACAAGCGCCUCGGACAUGCUGGGCGCGCUCGCCUGACCGCAGACGGUGCCGAAGCGGCGGAUGGGACAGAAGGCGACGAGAGCGGCCGGGCAAGCCUGGAGGAGGCGCGCAACAUUGCGACGGGCGCGCGCAAGCUGCCGCCGCUCAGUUCCGUGCCGCAGAUCUUCUUCUCGGAAGACUUCAACCUCGGCAACCCGUACACCUUCGACCUGGUCACCGAGCGCUACAAAAGCGUCGCCGACCACGGCCCGGGCGAGAUGCGCGGCGGCGAGGCCGACGACGGCGGCGUGUACGACGUGGCGCUCAACCAGAUGCUGCAGGAGAAGCUCUCGUACUACUCGGACGUCGUCGAGCAGCACCUUAUCCUCGAGAUCUCGGCACGCUCAACGUCCUUCUUUGCUGCGCUUGGCAACCUGCAGGACUUGAGCUCUGAGGCUGCCGCCUGCCUGACGCGCGUCGAGGCGCUCAAGGCAGAGCUGCAGGAGCAGGACGAGCAGGAGGCCAAAGCCGGCCUGCGCAUCGUGCGCGAGCAGGCACGACGGCGCGAGAUCGCAGAGCAGAGCGCCGCCGUCGAGGCUGUGCGCCAGCUGCUCGAGCAGCGCGACCUGGCGCGGCUGCUGGCGCAGGGCGGCGAAUGGGAUGAGGCGCUCGAGGUCGUCACGGCAUUGCGCGAUGUGCUCGAGGGCAGGCGAUCGCUUGGAGGGGCAGAAGACGGGUCCACAGCCGGCCUGCCACUCGGCAUCAACAUCGAGUUCUCUGCCGUGCCGGCGCUCGCCGCUAUCCUGCCGCAGCUCAGCGAGCUCGAGGAGAUGGUGGGCGCACAGCUAGAGGCGGAGCUGCUCAACGUGCUUGAGGCGGACCUUGGGCGGCGCAUUGGACGCCCAGAGGACGUUGCGGACGCCAUGCCGCUGAGCGCCAGCAUCGUCGACCUGCGCGAGGUCGUGCAGGCCGAGGCUGUCGCAGAUGGUGGCUCUGCGCCACAUACGAAUGGGACCGCCUCGCCGCCGCCGCCGGUGGACUCGAUGCCACCAGAAGACCGCACCCUCCUCAACCGCGUCGAGCCGCUGCUUGCCGGCCUCGUGCGCACCGGCAAGGUCGACGCACUGCCAGCGGCAUACCGCAACGUCGUACUCCGAGCCGUGCGCCAGACACUGCGCUCGCACAUCACAGCCGAGCAGUCGGAGGAGGAGCUGGAGAAUCUGGCUGCGCUGCUCGAGGACGACGAUGCGGCGUCAGGUCGCAGUGAUGCGCGGGCGGUGCCCGGCGGCUUUGCGGCCGCGGGAAAGCUGCGCGAGCUGGAGCACGAGCGCUUCCUGCGCCUGGCGGACACACUCUUCGACGGCUUCCUCCGUGCGCUGCAGGCUGUCGAUGUGCACUCGCGCAUCGUCGUGCGCGCCCUCACCGAGGCUGCCAAGAAGGCGGACAGCUCGCUGUCAGACAACGACGAGGUGCACAUGCCCUUGGGCGUGUCUUCUGGGCUGCCUCUGCAGCUCUCAUCGCUCGUGCACGACGCCACGUCAUUGUCGCAUGUGCUCGCAUCGCGGCUCCUCUCCCUGCGCGCCAGCACGCACGUCAAGCUCUCGCUGCCCGCCUUUCUCGCGCUCUUCCACCUCACGUGGACGUUCGUGCUGCGCUCCGAGACGCUCGCGGCACGCAUGGUCGUCGGCCUGCGCGGUGCGAUCUUGAACCAGGCCAAGAGCUGGCUGGUGCAGUUCCACCGCGAGCGGAUAGAGGGCGCCGCCAAGCGCGUCGAGGAGGAGACUUGGGGCCAGGCAGAGGUGACGCCGUUCGACCAGCGAGAAGUCAACCUCAUCGUCGACAGCGCCACGGGCGACCCUGCCGCCUUUCUGCUGCCUGCGCGUGCGGGCGACGAGGACGCCGCGCCGGCAGACGCCGAGAAUUUCAAGACGCUCGAGAUCGAGGAGAAGAGCUACUUUGUCGUCGGAGCCAGCACGCACGUGCUGCGGCUGCUUGCAGAGUACCUCCGCGUCGUCAUCAACUUGCCGCUGCUCACGACUGAGGCGAUGGGCCGCGUAGUCGAGUUCCUGAAGCAAUUCAACUCGCGCACAUGUCAAGUCGUACUCGGCGCCGGCGCAAUGCGCUCUGCCGGUCUCAAGAACAUCACCGCCAAGCACUUGGCGCUAGCGUCGCAGUCGCUCUCCAUCGUCAUCACGCUCAUUCCCUACGUGCGCGAGACGGUGCGGCGGCACCUCAGCCAGACGCAGGCCGUCAUGCUCAUCGAGUUCGACAAGCUGCGGCGCGACUUCCAGGAGCAUCAGUUCGAGAUUCACGCCAAGCUCGUUGCGAUCAUGAGCGACCGCCUCACCGUCCACUGUCGCGCCCUGACGGCUAUUGACUGGAAUGCGCCGCUGCCGACGCCUCUGGAGCCCAGCAAGCCGGUGCAAGACCUCGUCAAGGAAACGGCCACGCUGCACAAGGUGCUGUACAAGUAUUUGCACGGCCCGACUGUGGAGCACGUCAUGGGCCAGGUCCUGGCCUCCAUCGACAAGCGCCUCGGUGCGGAGCUGUCAGCUGUCGAGGUGAAGGGCCCAGAGCCGCACCAGCGCAUGACGGAGGACAAGGCGCACCUCGAGAAGAAGCUUGGCACGCUAAAGGGUCUGAGCUGGUCUGCAGAGGACAUCGACGCUGCCGUAGCCGGCAAGACCUACACGCCUCCGCCUGCACCGGCGCCCGCGCCAGCGAAGGACACCCCUGCGCCAUCAGCGUACAGGGCUCGCAUCCCUCUGUUUGGCCGCAAAGCUGCGACCAACGGGCGGACAUCGAUGGACUCGACUGGCACGCCCGGUCGCACUUCCCUCGAUGGGCGCGCAUCUCUGGAUCAGAGCGCCGCCCAGGCUCCGGCCCUGGCAUCAGACACUGUGGCCGAGACGAGCGAGGCUGCGGCCCAGAGCGGCGAUGUCUCGAGCUCCUCGCCGCCGCCAGAACCGCCAGCCAAGGCUGAGGCGUCGGACGAGCCUGCCUCUUCGAACGCUGAGCAGAGCGAGCCUCCAACAGAGGCCGCAGCUGCAGAGCCGCCGGCCGCCGAGAGCGAGGCCGCUGAGACAGCAGCGUCGACAGCCGACAACGUCACUGUGGCCACGGACGACGGCCCAGGCAUCUCUGCUGAAGUGCAGGCGCCAGGCAGCGGAGAGGACGAUGCGUCUCCCGCGACAUCUGCGCCAGCCGCUGGGGCUGGUCCUGCGCCUCCGUCGACGCCGUCCAAGCCUGAGAAGACUGCAGCGGAGAUUGGCUCGGCGCCUCCGUCGCCGGCGCCAGUCGUCUCAAGGCCCUCGACGCCUGCGGCUGCAGCCUCUUCCCCGCCCUCAGCUGCCGCCACUCCAACUUCGCCGCCGGCUCGCGCUCCUCGCAUGACGCUGCAGCAGCGACUGGCUGAGGCGGCACGCAAGCGCGAGCGCGCGGCUGCUGGCGGUCCGAGCUCGUCGGACUCAGCGAUGAACGUGACCAGCCCGCCGCCGACGCCCUCCAAAAGCUCGACCCUGCCGCCGACGGAGGCUGCCAGCGCUUCGCCGGCCUCUGAGCCGGAGGCGCCUGCCGCCGAGAAGGCCGCCGCUGCCGCCGCGCCCAGCGCCGUCGCCGAGAUUGCCUUUGAGCCAGAGCAGUCCAUUGCGACAGCGGCAGAAGUGGGCAACGACGCGCCCUCCUCCGCAUUAGACGAGCGACCAGCUGCCGCCGCCGGUGUCGCCAGCGAUGCACCGGCCGCGAGUGAGCCGCCGGCACCGCCCAGCAAGGAGGAGAGCGCCGAGCCGGAAGCGACAGCACCUGCAGCGACGAUCGAUGCAGAUACGCCCAGCGAGCCAGCGAGCGCAGCCGAAGAUGCAGCCGUCGCUGUAGACGCUGCGCCGCCUGCAGAAAGCAAGGACGCUGCGAAUGAGGAGCACCCAGCGCUUAGCGACAUCGCAGCCCCACAAGCAUUUCAGGCGGCCGAGCUGGACUCUGCUGCGACUGCGGAAGACGCAGUGGAGCCUAGCGCUGCACCAGAAGCAGACGCUGCAGAGGCGGAGCUGCCGGCACCGGGUGCAACGCCGACGGGCGAGGACGCCAUCGCUGCGGAUACAAGCACAGGCGAUGCCGAGGCUACAGAGACGUCAGCCGAGGCCGCGAAAGAGGAUGCACAAGAUGGCAAGACAGACACCUCAUGAGGCGGAAGAGGGUGCCUGAGGCUUGGAAUUAGAUGGGCGUCCUCACGGCUAGGCUAAGAAGGGUGCUCGCGAGACGUGUGAAGGUAGUU